CCAACCAUAACACUUGCUAGUUUCGAUCUGAACAGUGUAACUUCGUUUCUUUCAAUGGCGCAAACACAAACCCAAACCCAAACCCAGAGACCCUGUUCAAGCAUCCUCGAUUCUUUGGGGGAAGAAAUCGUGAGAAUCAUCGCACCCGUUUCAAUAUGCAUGUUCUUGGUCGUAAUCUUGGUCUCAGUUCUGAACACCAAAUCUCCGUUCGACCCGUCGAUGGCCUCGAUAGUCACCAUCGCGUACACCGAAACAACCUCCGACUCCACCUGGGACAAGUUCCUAGGAGCCCUUUUGAACUCCUUGGCCUUCGUUGUGGUCGUCACCGUCGUUACCUUCGUCUUGGUCCUCCUCUUCUACUUCCGAUGCACCAGGUUCUUGAAGCUCUACAUGGCUUUCUCCGCUUUCGUCGUGUUGGGCUUCCUUGGCGGUGAAGUCUCGCUCUUUUUGAUUCAGCAUUUCAGUACUCCCCUUGAUUGCAUUACGUUUUCCCUCGUUUUGUGUAAUUUCGCUGUUGUUGGUGUUUUGGCCGUGUUCAUGUCAAAAAUGGCGAUUUUUGUGACUCAAGGGUACUUGGUUGUUAUUGGAAUGCUGGUUGCGUAUUGGUUUACUAUGUUGCCUGAGUGGACCACUUGGGCCAUGCUUGUUGCUAUGGCGUUGUAUGACCUUGCUGCGGUUUUGCUACCAAUUGGACCGUUGAGGCUCUUGGUGGAGCUUGCAAUUUCAAGGGAUGAAGAAAUUCCUGCAUUGGUUUAUGAGGCUAGGCCAGUGAACCAUGGUAAUUUGAGUCCUAGGGAUGUUGUGCAGAGACGGUUGUGGAGAGAUAGACAAAGGAGGCAUGAGAAUUCAAUUCUCCAAACUGAUUAUUCCAACACGAAUGCCAACUCAGUGUUGGCUCAUAGCCCCAAUGCUGAAUCGCAAUCCGAUUCGGAUGCAAUCGCUGCCAAUAACCGGGAUGGCGCGAACUUGGUUAGGGAAAAUGCUUCUUCAAAUCCAAAUUUGAAUGAUAACAGUAAUACCUCUAGUGGCUCCUAUAGUUACAGAAAUUUGGUGAGUGUGGAGGAGGGACGGGCACGGGUUCAAGAGACGGAUUCGGACCUUUCUGCGCCCUUGAUUGAUCGUGGAAUGAAUGUGCAGCUUGGUAGAGUGGAAGAUGCUACUUCAAGUGAAAACUUGUUGCUAGAGGGAAUUGGAUUGGGUUCAUCUGGUGCAAUCAAGUUAGGGCUGGGAGAUUUUAUCUUCUAUAGUGUCUUGGUUGGUAGGGCGGCGAUGUAUGAUUUUAUGACGGUGUAUGCGUGUUAUCUUGCUAUCAUUGCGGGUCUUGGCAUAACUUUGAUGCUUUUGGCUUUGUAUCAGAAAGCCUUGCCUGCUCUUCCCGUGUCAAUAGCACUUGGCGUGUUGUUUUAUUUCUUGACCAGGCUCUUACUUGAAGUAUUUGUUGUACAAUGUUCCUUAAAUCUCCUGUUGUUCUGAGGUUUAGAAAUUGUAUUGUUUGGGUUUGGUACUUGUCUGCCAAACAUCAUAUGACCACUUGUGUUAUUAGUCAAAAAUCUUGGCUUAAUAAUGCCCCAUCUUUAGUUGUAAGAUUUUCAAAAACUGUAUCUUUUCUCUGUUUUAUAGUACUUCACCUUUGAUGCCUUUGUUUUUGGUUCUAUGGAGGUCCUAUUGAACCUUAUGGAGAAGGGAAAUGGAGAUGUGGGGAUGAAACCCCCACCACGUAACCAUUGUGCCAGGUAAAGGCCAGGUGAGGUACCAGCUGAGCUAUGCUCAGCGGUUGGCUUUUGAUGCCUUUUAUUAUAUUUGUUUUAACUCUUUUCUUUUA